AUGGCGAACGUGAUAGAAACACUUGUGGCCACCUCACCCAUUAAAAGUACACCUGAAAAAUUCUACAACUUCUUUAAACAUGACAUAAACGACCUCGUCAAGGUGUAUCCGGCGGCCUUUAAAGGAGUUCAGGUGCUCGAAGGAGAAGAAGCGACGGUCGGUUGUGUCAAGCUGUGGAGCUAUGUUCUUGGUGGAAUUCCAAUGACCGCGAAGGAGAGGAUAGAAGCCAUAAACGACGCUGAAAAAUCCCUCACGAUCGCCGUGAUCGGUGGAGAUCUUAUGGGGCUAUACAAAAGCUUCAAUUUCACACUCAACGCCAGCGAGGGCUUGGCCAAGUGGACCUUUGCCUAUGAGAAACUCACGAUUUUAACCCCACCUCCUGAGCUUUAUAUUCCUUUGGCAAUCACUAUUUCUACACUUGUGGAUGCGUAUCUUCUCCUCAACUAA